AUGGUGAUGAGGUAUGCGUGGUGUUCUGAACAAUGAGAUAACCUCAUUACCAACUGGUGUGUUUGCUAGUUGUUCUACCUAAGGUUUGUUGUUACAAGGCAAAGUGAUAUUAACAAGAGCACAUAGUGCUGAUAGUAGGUAUUUUUGGUGUAAGCCAGGCACAGUCACAGUCACAUUGCUGCCAUCAGUUAAUGCCCCAGUUGCAAAUGGAGGCUAGCUGCCCUGGGGGCUUAGGGUCUGCUACACCAAGGAACUAGAAUACCUGACUUUGGAUUUGAGUAAUUUAGAGAAGGAUUGUUGUUGCUUAAAUUGAUUGAUGUUUUACAAUCUGAAAAAACUGAUCAUCAUAGUUAAUUUACCAGAUUCUUGGUGGGAUGUGAAAGUGGCAAUCACUGAUACAGAAAUGAAAACCAGUCCUUUUCAGGACUACUUGCAUUCUUGGUGUAGGGUCCUAAGAAAUUUUUCUCAAUCUUUCAUGAUACUGCACUUCUGAUUUAAGUGAGUCCAGAUGUAACUUUCAAGCAAUAACUUCAUAAGUGUUUUGGUAGUUUCUUUCCUCAAAUUAUUUUGUGUCACAUCCUGAAGUUCAUUAAUUUGUUUUCAUUUUUUUUCCCAUAGUGUAAAGAUAAGUUGACAGAGACAAAAAUUGGAAGCUAAGGAUGCUAAGGUGAGACAUCCAUACCAAAAAUUUUCAAGUUUGGGAAGUGCUUUUCCAAUUUAAUUUAUUCAGCCCUUUAGUGUUAACUGCCUAGUGGGAACACUGCCCUGAAAUCUUAAUUUUUCUCAUCUUAAGGGAAAAAGGAAAUUGUGUGAAACUAUUUGGAGAUUUAAAAUGUUUAUGGGAAGUCUAUUUUGGUUAAAAUUACUUGGAGGUUUGGGAAAAGGAUAAAGAAAUCAGAUUAUUCUGUGUGCAAGCAAGAAGAGUAAGUGGAAGAUGAAUUGCUUGUAUUAAAAGUGAAGUGGGCACUGUGCAGUCCAAAGCAAAGCAAAGGGGUAAAACUUGAAAGAACAGAGAAGAAAUCCCAUCUAGUUACAGUCUUGAAGCUUGAAAUCAUAGAGCUUUAGAUUUUGCAUUUGGGCAAUAAAUCUGAACUGAAAAAAAUUGAUCUGCAACUUACAGUACAGACCCCUAACUUGGUAUGUAAGAGGUAUGUUUCUUCUGUUGGAAUAUUAUAACUGAUGAGAGGGAUCUUUUUCUUCUUUGAAGGCCAACUAUCCACUAAUGAAGAAUUGCCUGAAGUACUAUACAGAAUUUAGGGAAAAAUAUGAAUGUGAAAGAGGAAGUACAAAACAUGGAGCCAUGGCAAACAUUCUGAUAUGUUUGGAGAAAGCUAUACAAAAUGGUAAUGAUUACCACAUAGAUUAUGUAAAUUAUUUAUUUCUGUAAAUCUUUAUGACUUUACAGGAAUAAAACUAAGCAGGUAAAAAAGUUUGGCAUUAUUAUGUGUUGAUAUUUUAUCAAAGUAUGACUUCCUUGUUGCCAAGGAGAUUGUUACUCCUGCUGUCAAUACAUUUCAGCCUAUCUAAAUAUUAUAUUUGCUGAAUAAUUUUACACUGGAAUUGCAGAUGAAAAAGUGGGUGGCAAAUGCCAGGCAGAAUUAUUUGAUCUGCGACAACAGUUGAUGACAGAUUACUCCCUCAAUCCUGAGAUUGUUGCUAAAUGUGACCUGGAAAUCAGAGACAGCUGUCAGAAAGAGGCAACAGUGAAGGAGGGAAAGACAAUUGACUGCUUAAUGGCCUUAGCAGAGGAACAUGAAGGGGAUGAUAGUAAGAUCAGACCACAAUGCUUCAUGAGCAGUAAGUACCAAACUGUACAUGAAGUGGUGUGAAGAUUUUGUUUGUUGAAAAAGGGCCUUAACCCCAAUAACUCCUAGUUCAAAUUUGUCAUUCUCCCUUACUGUCAACCAUAAAAUUCUAAUGAUGUUAGUUCAGAGAAUCUUGUAUUGGACCAACUUAUUAUCCCCAAAUUGAUAUUUUUCUUGAUUCUUAUCACUCAUUUGGUUGAUAUGGUAUUGAUAUUGUGAGGAGAAAUCCUCUCUUGGUCACUGAUAUGCUCCCAAAAAGAAGGGAGAAAACUAAUGUAACAUUUAAGCCUGACAGUUUACUCACUUGGCUUUCAAAAAGUGGCAGCUAAAUCACAUGGUCAAAGAAUGACUAGUCCUAUAUGAUGUUGUUGCAUGUGAAAAAGACUCUAGGAUUUUCACAAAACUUUUUUCACAAUCUAAGCUAAAUUUUUAUUUCAUUUGGUACCCCUUCUGCUUUGGAGGGCAUCAUACUCACUUAAUUAAAAAGCAUUUUAUUAAUAGUGCACUUGCACUGCAUGCAUUAUUUGUUGAUUAUUAAUUAAGAAAGGAUUAUCAAUCAGUUGUGUUUGCAUGACAGGUUGAGGAACUUUUUAGAGGAAACUGGUGCAGGAAGUGAUUACCGCAUUGAUCAUACCUUGUACCAAGCAUGUGAACCUGUUGUGCAGACUGUGUGUAAAGAUAAGGGCAAAAAGGAAGGAGAUGUUAUGUGAGUAUUGAUGCAAGUUUUAUAAGUGUAGAGCUCUCUUUAACAGAGAGUCAUAAAAAACAAAAGCAUUGUUAUCACAUCAAGAACUCACAAUGUGCAGAAAUAACCUGUGUUGGGCUCAGGAGAACAUGAUUUAUCAGUGGAAGCCACCUUUGGUUUUAAUGUUGAAUCAGAUUAAUGAUAUGGUUUGCAACUUUUCUUAAGACUUUCUUUAGCCAAUGUAAUGUUUUCAAUUUGAGCAAAAUUCAUUUGCUCUGACUGGCACUUAAACUUACUAAAUGAGCAGGAUAGUGAGCUUAGAAUACAUACAUGUAUUUUCUUUUCUCUUGCAUUUUUUUGGAAGCUGUUUAUUAUUCCAUGUGAGGCAGCAUCAACAAUCAAGUAGCAUUGUUUAAAAAAUUCUACUUUGCUAGUUGUUUCUCCAGAUGUUACUUUGUACUCUAUUGGUGUGUUUUUUGUACUCUACUUUGUGCAGUUGGGUAAUAAGAGGUCAGAUAGGCUGAGAAGAAAGAGCAGUGUUAGGUUUUUUUAAGGUCAUCAAGCCUUCCCCUGUUUUCAAGACUAUAUCCCACUCAUUAUUUUUCAUCAGUAAUUUGUGAGUUGUUUUCCCAUCUGUAGGGUUUUAUCUUGUCUGAUGGAAAAUCUUCACACAGACAACAUGAUACCAGAAUGUGAGGUACAGCUGCUUCAUCUGGAAUUUUUCAUUGCAAGAGACUUCAAGUAAGGGCAAACUUUAAUUCUGAGUAAUUUUAACAUGACAUGUGCACUAUAAUGCUUACUCUUGGUUUAUUGUAUCAGACCCUGGGAUUCAGAUUUUUAGACAUUCUUAAAGGCAAUUGAAAAUAAACGACUGCACAUAGAGACCUUUUUUUUCUUGAAACAUGAAGCCAUUACAAGAGAUUCUCAAGGGUAACUUGGCCUAUCAAAAUGAAAUAUGUUAACUUUGGACGAUUAGUUCUAUUUGAUCUAUUUGUUUACCAAAUUUUGUCUGGUAUCCUUUGUGCAUUUUGUUUACAAGUUUUGGGUUGUGAUUGUUUCAGACUUGAUCCUGUGAUGCAGAAAGCAUGUCAGGGUGAUGUCCAGAAAGUCUGUGGUGCUGAUUCCCUUGAGGACCAAGACUCGCAUCCAGUCAGCCUGAUUUUGUCAUGUCUUUAUCGACAUAUUGUGCUGGAUACAGGCGUAAAGGUACAACCUUGAUUUUAGAAACCUACACACCAAGAAUGGCAACACACAAUAUGGCAUGUGUAAUUGUUGUUAUCAUCACAUAGGUUCAAGGAAAGGGUACACUAUGAUUGGUUGAUACCUUUGAAGUGCAUGGUGAUACCAGAUUGUUUUGCACUUUUUGCAACAUUUUUGUCUUAGUGUUGCCAGUUUUCACAACAUAAAUGUUUAUUCAAAUGCUGACAACAAAUACAUGGGUUGUUGGGCUAUAUAUUACUGCCAGAUGUUGCAUAGUUUCAAAUAUCUAGAAUAAUAUUUCUCCAUUAUUCAGGUCUCCCCCAAAUGUGCUGCACAUGUAGAACGAGCCAUGCACCAAAGGGCUGUGGAUGUACAUCUGAUGCCUGAAAUACAAAGAGCUUAUGUGGUGGAUCUUGGAAAACAGUGCAGUGAUCAAGUUGAAAAGGAGGUAAAAGGUUACUAAGUUACAUAUCCCUCCAAAUGAAAACUCUGUCAGUUAUUCUUUAUUCUUCUCCAUUUUCUUACUAACUGUAGCUAUUCCUCUUCCCAUGGGGUGAGAAUCCUUCUGCCAGAGAUCCCCUCCAGGCUCAGUUGACUACCUCCUUUUCUAGGUGUUCCCAUAUUCAGGCUCUGUCUCUCUUCCUCUUCACUGUCCUCAGCUAUUUUCUUUGUUGUGCAUCUCCUUCUGCACCCAUUGAAGGUCCAUGCAAGGGAAUAAGUAUUCUGUUUUAAACAGUUUACCAUUGUUCACAAUACUAUCUGGUGAAUUCUUCUAGUUUAUGUAAUACUGCUAACUUAUAGGGUCUGGUUUUAGCUGAUUGGAAUCCUUUUGGGUUCAACAAUUUGAUCUCAUGUACUCUUCCUUGUUCCCUAUUGCUCACUCAUUCUCCCAUAUAUAUUUUAUGCUUUAUCUUGUUUUAUAGGAGAUAGAGUGUUUGCAGGAGAAAUUUGACAACCUCACUGACACUUGCCAAAAAGCCAUUAGUGAUUUUACUGAGGGAGGAGGGAGAGGUGUGUCUUGUUCUUUAAUCUUUAUCUCAAGCUACUGCAUUAGACUAUAAAUAAUAAUAUUAAUGAUAAUGAUAAUGAUAAUAAUAAGUUGUCUUGGUGAAGGGAUUUUGAAGUAAACAGAAAUGAGAUUCCAGUGUAGUCUUAAACUUACUUUCUUCAGGGCAGUGCUUAGAAGAGUAAGAUGUCUCUGGACUCUAUUUAUAAGACUAGGCCUUUUUGAAGUGACUUUGAGAGCAGUGUAUUAGAGAUCCUUUGUUGAGGCAAAGAUUGUAAUGGUAAGCAGUCUGAAAUAAUGAUCCUUUGGCUGAUCAUGUGAAGAAUGCUUUUUGUACUUGAUAACAGGACUACAAGCUGGACAGGGUUCUAGUGCGUGCUUGCUCUGGAAUGGUGACAAAGUUUUGUGAGGUGGGUGGUAGUAAGUUUUCCAGUACAGUUUUAUGUUUAGUUUUUUAGUAAUAUUUUAAGAGGUAAUUCCUAUACAUGGUGUACCUACCAGCAUAAAGUUUUUCUGGGUUAACCUAUUCCCCUAAAUUUAGAAAAACUUGUUUUAUUUAAUGACUGCUUCUUGAUUGUUGGUGUCAUAUUUCAUGGCUGUUACCCCUGAGUUAGAAUCAUAAACUGAGUCAAUAUCACUGUUGUGUCUUGUUCAAAUAGGAUAUUGUAACCCAAGGUAACACAGAAGGAGUCCUACCAUGUUUAGUUGAACACAAAAAUGAUCAAGGAAUGGAUGAGAAGUGUUAUACAGCCAUUAACCACUGGCAACUGGUGAGUAAAAAUGAGGUUUGUGGGAAAGAAAGCUUUUAGGAGACUUCUGAUGCACUACCUGCUUCCCCUCCCAAGGGGAGAAUCUAACACUCUAACACUCCAUUAGAAGUUAGUAUAUUUAUUAUACCACACAAGUGAAUUGUGCUUUUAAGCACUUGAUGGCUAGUUUGAAAGUAAAUAGCAAGUUCUAUUCACCUCUGGGCUGGCAAUGCUACUGAAUGGCACAUCACUAGUUAAAUUUCCAACCACAUUUCUGUAUAUCAGAAGAAACAACCAAAUUUUUGGUAUCUGUGUUGUAUAUGUUAAAACAAUUAUUCACCCCAGUGUUGGCAAAAGUUUUGAAUAUUUACCUUGCAGCUUCACUGCACCUGAAAUAUCCACCACUAUUCACUUCCAUUUCAGUGAAUAAUUAUUAAUCAUUAAAAUUUUUUUUCCAGGUAGCCCUUCAAUUUGCAAUCUGAAAAAGGUUCACAUGUAUGACAUUAAAUACUCCAAAAUAUUCUUUUGAACCAAAUUGCAACAUGUGAAUGGUUAAAAAACACACUUUUUGCACCAUAUUUGAUUGUGAGGUUUAUUAGACAUGCCAGAGAAGGGAACGUUGUCAAGAAAAUGAAUUACGAGAAAUCUUUCAAGGAUGUUUGUUAUUUGAUAAUUGUCUUUUUUAUUCCAGCUGAAGGAAGUUGAUAUGCUAUUGUUAUAUUUAUUUUCAUUUGUUCAUUAUUUUUAGGGUUGAAAUGAAAGACUUUCAUUUUUCCCAUGAAUUCAAAAGAGCUUGCAAAGAUGAUGCAAGGAAACACUGUGUAAGGAGGCAAAGAGCAAGUAAGCACUGAUUUAAAAGAGGAAAGGGGAAACUGAAGUUGAACAAACAGCUGUAUUGUGUAUUCAUUGAACAGGUGGCCUCGUGUGAAAUUCGAUAUCGCUACAUUUAUUCAUUUCAUUUCUGGGGGUGUUGUUCUUUUUUUGAGAGAGAUGCAAUGCCUCACUGGCUUUGUACAUGUAAUGAAUUUAUUCCGUUUUCCGACUUACAACAAGUGGCUAAAAGUGAAUCCGACCAAGUUUAAACUAGAAUUUCAGAGUUUGAUCCAUGAACGCAAGCGAGAACAUACACACCAAACAACUCCGAACAAGUACAACCACAUCAAGUGGUCACGUGAUUAACAAGCAACGUCAAUGUCAACGUAGGGGGUCCCUGAAUUCAGCACAGUGCAUUGGCUAACCCUUUACAUCCUAAUAUUGGUAUUCAUAUUCUCCACUUCUCUCUCUUAACAUUUCCUAUAAUGGUACAUUUUGUACUGUCAAGGAGAAUCUGUGUAACAAUCAGGAGCGUCUCAAAUUAGUGAUAAUUUCCUUUUUUUUUCUCAUGACCUUUACAUUUGAUUCAAGUUGUGAUAACGAUUUUCUUUCAGACAUGACCUUGUUGUCUGUUUGAGUAAAGAUCCGAGAUGCUGUUAUUGGCGAAGAAGAACAUGUCAUCUCUGAUACUUGUCGCAAAACACUUGAAGAUAGAGAAGGAGGUUGA